AGCAGUACGUGUCGCGAUUACAUCGCGGCUACCGGAGGCUUAAGAAAUUAUUCAAGCGUGUGGCGAACCAGGCGCUUACCGUUUCGCCACAGCCGGCAGUAACGGUGGAGGGGCCGGUGUCCAAAAUGUCUCCACCAACGAACGACGUGACCAACGGUGUGGUUGCGCCAGCCAACACCCUGGCGCCCCGGGUUUCGCCAACCGCGAACCCGGCCCUUACCACCAUCAACCCGCCAACGCACAAGCGGACUCCCAAAGACUUCAUCUUUGGCAAGGUGAUCGGCGAGGGUAGCUUCUCCACCGUUUACCUCGCCAAGGACAUUCACACCAGCAAGGAGUACGCGAUCAAAGUGUGCGACAAACGUCACAUCAUCAAGGAAAAGAAGACCGAGUACGUGAAACGCGAGAAGGAAGUGCUGAACAUGCUCGCAGGCGCGAAACACUCGUUCGUGCGCUUGUUCUGUACGUUCCAAGACGUGGAAAGACUCUAUUUCGUCCUGUCUUACGCGAAAAAUGGCGAGCUCCUGCCCUACAUCAACAAGGUUGGCUCCUUCGACAUCGAGUGUACAAAGUUCUACUCGGCGGAGAUACUCCGUGGUCUCGAGUACCUCCACGGUCUCGGUAUCAUCCAUCGCGAUCUCAAGCCGGAGAACAUAUUGCUGGACGAGAAAAUGCACGUGCUCAUCACCGAUUUCGGUAGCGCGAAGAUCCUCAAGGACCCGGAGACGGUGUUGACGCACACCACCUCGGACGACCCGCAGCAGCAGCAGCAACAACAGCAGCAGCAGCAGCAAUAUAGAAGAGAACGGAGGGGCUCGUUCGUUGGUACCGCCCAAUACGUGUCGCCGGAACUCUUAACCGACAAGACAGCGAGCAGAGCCUCGGACCUCUGGGCGCUCGGCUGUAUAGUCUACCAGAUGGUCUCCGGUCUGCCCCCGUUCCGCUCUAGGAGCGAAUACAUGAUUUUCCAAAAGAUCCUGAAGCUCGAGUACGAGAUACCAGACGGCUUCUGCGAGCUGGCGAGAUCGUUGGUCAGUCAGCUGUUGGUGCUCGAGCCGACCAAGAGAUUGGGCGCUCAAGACGAGCACGGCGCCGGAUACCCUAGCAUCAGAGCGCAUCCCUUCUUCGAGGGCGUCGACUUCGAGACCCUCCACGAACAAACACCACCGCCGAUCUACCCUUACUUACCCGGUACGUCCGAGCACGAGGAGCUCAGAUCGCAGUACAGGGUUCCCGAUCACCUUGAACCCGGCCUCGACGAUAAACAGCUGACCAGGCUUCUUGGUUUGGGUAUCGGCGAGGAUGACGACGAUGACGACGACGAGGACACGACCCCCCACCGCGAGAAACCCGCGCGGAAAACCAACACGGUCGUCGAGAAACAGCCGAGAAGACGAACGAUGAACAUCGACGGUAACAUCGCCGAUCUGACGCCAGACGAGAUCAGGAACAGGCUGGAGAAGCAGCACACCUCCAACCAGUGGGACGUCUUCGUCGAGGGUAACCUUAUACUGAAGCAGGGCUUCGUCAACAAGAGGAAAGGCCUCUUCGCCAGACGGAGAAUGCUCCUGCUAACCACCGGACCACACCUAUACUAUGUCGAUCCUGUGAACAUGGUGCUCAAGGGCGAGAUACCCUGGAGCCCGGAGCUAAGGGUCGAGCCGAAGAGUUUCAAGAUCUUCUUCGUCCACACGCCAAACAGAACCUACUAUCUCGAAGAUCCCGAAGGAUUCGCAUUGGAGUGGUGUAGAGCGAUCGAAAACAUGCGAGUCCACUAUUACGGCCUGCAGGAGACCACCGCUUAAACAAACAAGACUGAACAGUGAUCGUUUUUCACGGACGGAGAAGUACGGACGAAAGAAGAGGAGAAAAAGGUUUUCAUCCUGUUGUAGACUGUAUAUGGAAAAGUGUGAAAAGUCCGCGAGGUGGGUGCGACAACCGACCGCGAAACACGUUUCUCUCGUUCGUGGCCAGAGGGAAGGCGAUUCUAAAUAGAUGAUUCGAUUAGGGUAAUUGCGACUCGUCGUUUAGGAAUGGUACGUUUCUAGGAUAUAAGUUUAGCGUUGUUCUAGUACGAUCGAACGGCGUUUUCUGUACAGCUUAGGAGAAAUUUUCUAGAUAAACAAAUUGAAAGUCAAACACUCCACCCCACGAGGUUAACCGCGCGCGACUCGGUGGUGGAUGGGAAAAUGCGUAGUAUCGUGCAGUUAAUAAAUUUUUCUCCCGGUUACGUUAAUAGUUCUAUAUUUAUUAUCGAUUACGGGGAAUCUCGAUGGGAGGACUGCACGUAUUCUUUCUAGCACGCGCAAUAUACAAAUGAUUAAAAAAAAUAGGGAAAAUUUUAGCCAAGUUUUUAUAGCUGUGCGCGUGCUCGCGCUGCCUGAUAGGACGCUCGCGGUCGAGGUCGCCCGGAAACAUGAAAAGAAAAAAAAGAGAAUUUAUUUUCAUCCACAAAUAUUCCUCCACACACACGCAAUUCGUCGUAACGCGUUUCUAACGAAGAAAACAACGUAGUCAAAAUUAACGAGAUAUAGAAUAAUUCAGAGACGAAUACACGAAGAGAAAGAGAUUGUUGUAAACGCGAUCAAACGAAAGGGCGAUAUUCGAUCGCGCGCGUUCCAUGCAGCGUGAAGAGGUGUUUCGUUCCAAAUGUAGCGAAAAUUACAUAGAGAAUUAAAGACGAGUUUUUAGAUGCUGGUAUCGACGGCGACUGAAGAGAUUACGUCGGCUGUCGGUCCCCGCAGAUCUAGGCGUCAAUUUAUAUAGUCGAAGUCAACCAAAAAUUGUCCAGAAAAAUCCAGUGGGGGACAACGUAUCGCUUUGCAGCUUUAAUAAAAGAAAAACCAUUUACGUUGCCUGAAAGGGGUCACCGGAAUGUUGCGCGUUAUUCCGGCCCGCCCUUUGCUCUCUUCACGUUCUACAGUAUUUUUCUCUCGUUGUUCGUUGCCCUCUUUCCACGAUACUUUGUAAAUAUUAGCGCGAUUUCCACGAAGAGCAGGCUUCGUAAAGCGUCUUAUUAAUAUGUAUAAAUAGUGUUCUAUAUAUAGGUAGAUAGAUAUAUUUCUAGGUACAAAAAUCGUUGUCCAGCCACGGUUUUUCUACAACGCGCGUAAAACGUUUUUCUUCUUAGUCCCGAUUCUCAUAAUCGCCUUCCCCGAUCUGGCCCCCGCGGACUCGAAUCGAGUAUGUGUGUAUAACCGAGAACUGGAAGAACCAGCAACCUUUUUAGAUCUUAAUCGAAGACAAGACUUCGAGCGGCUUGUUCAAGGAAUACGAAAUGACAAAAAGAAACGUGUUGUACAAAAGGAGGAAAGCGGUGGAGUUCGGAAGAGAAUAAUGAAUCUUUUCUUCCCUCGUGAAAGACUAAGGACACGCUUGAACGUGACACUAUGAGUUAGGUAGAUAGAUGAUAGAAAAUUAAAAGGAUAGCUUUAAGAGACGUUAGUAUCCCGUUUAGAUGCAAAAUUACCCAGAAACGUACACGUAUUACACACUUAGCACAUUCAUUAAUCGCGUUCUCAAACUAUCGUCGUUAUUAAUUCUUACGAUUAGUAUAAUUUUUCUAGUAUUUAGUAUCGCUAAUACAGUUAUAUCGUUAACGUUCUAUUGUUAUUAACUGUUCCGUCAUGUAUUACCGACAUAAGUGUUCUCUGCCCCUUGUAAAACAAUAUGUCCGCACGUUAUUUAAGCGAUUUUUCCAUUCAUCGUGUUCCAUUUUCUUCUUUUUUUUUUGUUUUCGUUUGUUUUCUCAUUGUUUUUUGUUUUCACACGCGCGCACACAUACACAAUUCCAAUUUAAUUUAUUGCAUUACUGUACUCGUCCCCCGCGAUUAUUUAUUUUCACCGGUUUUACGUUCCCGCGAGAUAUAUCGAAAAUCUACACAUAUACGUUUUCGUAAGAAUUUAAACAUACACACACACACAGACUUGCUAGUACCACUACCGCUACCACCACUGCGACUAUUAUUUACGACAACCGUUGCUAUUGCUACUACUUUAGUAUUAAACUAUUUACGAGCGCCCACGCUCGCGUACGCGUGUACACGCGCCUCGCGCAGAUACCUUGUCGUGUGUACACACGGCCGCGCACACGUGUAAAUACGUUCUGCGACUGUAUUUAAUAUUAUUGUCCUUAGCCGUAAUAGUUUAGGGUUUUCUGUAAAUACUACUGCCGGGCGCGCGUUCAUCAUAGAGACA